AUGGAGCAAAAUACACUCAAGAGAAGAGGCGUCGGCCUAAUCGGCGUCGACAAGCAGAAAUCUUUCGGAGGAUAUACACUUUUCUGCCCAUUGACUAGUGAUGUCGCCUAUCUCGUUGAUAUCAAUGGGAAGCAAGUUCACUCAUGGAAACUCCCUGGCAGAAUUGGCCGCCAUGCCAGAAUUCUCCCAAAUGGUAACCUCGCAGUCAACACCCUCCGACUAGAUCCAGAGCGCACAACCAACGACGGUGGUCCAUUUCCAUUCCCAUUUUUCAACAAAUACGGCGGGGGUGUCAUGAGUGAACUCGAUCCAGACGGAAAUGUGGUGCGCCAGUUUACAGAUCCCCUCGGCCACCACGACCAAUACCACUUCGGAGAUGGCCGGUUAUUGUACACAAGUCUCGAAGCACUGUCUCGAGAGGAAUCAGCAAAGGUCGUUGGAGGCGUACCCGGCACGGAGAUCGAUGGCAUCACGUACGCUGACACAAUCAACGAAGUUGACCCGAACGGGAAUCUCAUCUGGCACUGGAAAGUCUCCGAGCGCCUGCCCCGGGACGAAUAUCCUCUCCAACCACAUUAUACACGCGAACACUACCCGCUCAUCAAUUCCGUCUUCCCCAUGCGAGACGGAAAACACAUUCUCGCCUCAAUGCGAUCUGUAUCCGCAGUCAUCAUAAUCGAAAAAUCCACCGGCAACAUUGUGUGGAAACUCGGUCCCGAAGUCCUAGCUCAACAACACAAUGCUACCGAGCUCGAGAACGGCAACAUCCUAAUCUUCGACAACGGCGCCUUUCGUACUGGCGAGUCCAUCACUUAUAGUCGCGCCAUCGAAGUCGAUCCCGCCACCAAAAAAAUUGUAUGGGAAUAUCGGGACCGGUCGCAGAUGCUCUACUUCUUCACACCGUUCAUGGGUAGUGCUCAACGGCUCGCCAAUGGCAAUACAUUAAUAUGCGAAAGCGCAUUUGGGCGGAUAUUCGAAGUUGCGCACGAUGGUUACGUGUGUUGGGAGUAUGUCAAUCCGCAUUUUGCGCCGUAUUCGGAUGAGGGCACGGCGAAAAUAUUUCCGGGAGAGUCGAAUGCGCUGUUUCGGGCAUAUCGGUAUUCGGGGAAUGAGAUUCCGUGGCUAAGAGAGGCAGACUGA